AAGUUCACAUGGCCAUGCAGCACCUAGCAGUGCACCUACGCCUAUCCCUGAUCAGCCUGUACGACUAUCAAAUUCACCUUCGCCAGUACAGCCAGGACCAUCACAUCUCUCUACGCCAGUUCAGGCAGGACCAUCACAUUCCCCUUCGCGAGUACAUGCAGGACCUUCACAUUCGCCGUCGCCAAUACAUGCAGGACCAUCACAUUCUCCUUUGCCAGUACCUUCACCACAAAAUUUGACAGAUCCGGUUCCUACCAGAUACUCAUUUUCUGAGACCCAAGAUGUUCGAAUAUUUAUUGUCCCCUCCGGAGAUUCGUUCGAAAAUUCGGUACAUGUUGUUCACGAAAUUAAUCAAAUCGUGAAUAAUCAUUGGAUGGGGGAUUCUAUGUCUUAUUCAAGCACUCCAUCAUCAAUGAAAGAGUUAUGGUGGAGCAAGUUUAAGCGGAUAUAUAAUUGGGACCCUGCAUAUGAAUUCGAAAUUAAGAAGAACUUCAAGAAAAAAUGUGGCGAUCACAUUCGUCAUACUCUUAGUCAUGCUAAACAAAGGGGUAAAAAGCCACUUUGUAUCACAGAGGAUAAUUGGACUAAGAUCAACAAUUUUUGGUCAACCAACGAAAGCAAACAACGAAGUCAACAGAAUAAAUUAAAUCAAUCUUAUAAUUCUGGAGACUUCUCUGCUACAUAUGCGGGAGGUUCAAUUAAUAUCGAUGAGCAUCGACGUAGAAUGACCAAAGAUAUGGGGAAAGAACCUUAAUUCAUUGAAACUUUCACCAAAACUUUUACAAAAAAGGAUAAGUCUUGUAGUGGGGCUAGAGCAAAAGCAAUAAAGGACAAAUACGAUGAGCUCGAGAUAGCACAUAGAAGUUCAUGUGCUAGUGAGGAAACUGAGUCAUCUGUUGGUAAUAAUUUGGAUUUGUGGUUGGAGGCUAGUGGAGGACAGAAAGGGGGAAGGAUAUUGGGAAUGGGUUCUUUAAGCAAAAAUCAUAGAGUUUCCCGUAAAUCAUUUUCCACCCCAACAGCAGUCACGACUCAGAUCAAUUCCUUGACUGAAGAGGUUUCACAUUUAAAGGGCAUAAUAUUAGAAA